UUUGAGUUACUCCCUGAGCGUCCACGAUGCAUGAAACACAGCUGUCAACUAAAUGGGUUGAUUUUACGGUGCAACUCAGAUUUCUAAGGUUACGAAUGGGCGACUUUACCUUCACAAAAGACGCUAGUACGGUAGAGCUCCGAUCGAUGUCCGCCAAACCCUGAUAGGAAGCCUUUUUGACCACAUGUUCUACCUUGCAAAUCACUACUGCAGGCUUACUCGUAAUUGUCCAAAAAUUGACGAUUGGUACGAUCUUGUGAGUGCAGCAUCAUCAGGGUCUGAAGAGUUGAACAGACCCGCAACCAAUUCGCGGGGUAUCCAAUUCGCCAAUUUCGGACCCCUCUGACACCAAGAAAAAAACACGCGAGUAAAACCGUCCGCCUCCAACUACGCAAUGGCAAACGCAGGCAAGAUCUUUGUGGUCGAGCACCUUGACCCAGAGCUGGAGGAAUGGUCAUCUCUCGAAUACUCGACCAUUGCCGCAGAGAGCCAUGCUUCUGGUGCACAGUUCCUGCUCUCUUCAGUACCAACGUCCUUGAAGUUACCCGAGAAUCUAAAGGGAAUUCAGGGUUUGAAUGUCGAGACAAGAGGUGUUGAGCAAAUCUAUGCAGAUAGGAAAGACAGAGUGUGUCUGCUGGAUCCUUCUGCCUCAAAAGACUUGAGCCCUGAGGAUGGCGACACAUUCGACAUCUUUUUGUUUGGUGGUAUUCUUGGCGAUGAUCCACCCAGGGAUCGCACUUCAGAGCUGCGCAAGAAGGGCUACGAGGGACGUCGUCUGGGACCAAUUCAGAUGACGACCGACACUGCUGUGCGCGUCACACGAUUGAUUGCCCAUGACAGGAUUCCCGUCGACAAGAUAGAAUACAUCGACAAUCCGGAGUUGACGAUCAACAAGAAUGAGAGUACCCAAAUGCCUUUUCGAUAUGUCAAGGGCAAAGAUGGCAAACCAAUCAUGCCCAAGGGCAUGGUCGACCUGAUCAUCAAGGACUCAGAAAAAAGUCUCGAUGAUCUCCUGUGAGGACAUACCCGUCUGACCAUAUCGAAGACUCAGCACUUGGAAUGCUGCAGAAACGACAGGACAUAUCUAUACUAUUGCGGUACGCAGUCAUCCACGAUUCUUCUCAUCGAUGCAAUUGUUCUGGCGGAUCAACUGGGAUAAUACGAGCUAAAAGAGUACUGGUGUGAUACGUGCAGAAUUUCAGCCUCAAAUGGGUGUCGAGGUUCACGGAUAACCCGCAAAUCUUGGUUUCUUUGUAUGGAUAUUCGAUGAAUUCUGAGGACUGCAUUUUGGGGAAGGCAAAAAAGCCUCGGGGUCGCGUAAAAUAUUUGAGCGAGGGAGUCAGACUUCCAAUAGUAAUACACACCCCUCGAGACAGGCCAAAGUACUUCGGAUGUCCACACCAGCAAUGGCU